AGCCCGGGUACCUAUAGGUUUGACAGCGGCAAAUAAACAAGCUCCUCUCCUGAUGCAUGUCGAAUAUCGUGUCUCAUUGCCUGAUCAUGAUUGGGUGAUUGCUACAAGGCACAAAUUGAUCCCUAGUGUAUAUGCUGGGUGCAUCAUAAAAGGAAAUGACAUGGGCCGUGCUGAAGCAAUUACUUAUUCAGGGCCAACAUACGUGGCGAUUAGAAGUGGCAAACAUUCCUCUUCGACAGCUUCCACUCAUGCUGUGGACUUCAAUAAGCUUGCUACACUCAACAAUUUCAAGGAAAUUAUGCGGGAUGAAGAAGGACGCCUGAAACCAGUUGUUCUGAUUUCAUCUGAUGGAGGACCCGAUGAAAACCCGAGAUAUCCAAAGGUUAUUUCCCAUGCCAUACACCACUUUGUCAAGCAUGAUUUAGAUGCAAUAUUCAUUUUUACGAAUGCACCCGGCAGAAGCGCAUUCAACCGUGUUGAGAGAAGAAUGGCGCCUUUAAGCCGGGAAUUAUCUGGACUCAUACUUCCGCAUGAUUCUUAUGGAACUCAUUUGGAUGAACAAGGGAGAACAAAGGAUCAUGAUCUCGAAAAAAUGAACUUUCAGAAGGCUGGAGAAGUUCUCGCAGAAGUAUGGAAUAAUAUGGUUAUCGACGGCCAUGACGUCGUAGCAGAGUACCUUAAGCCCGAUGACACUGCUGAAAGCUUUGUUCCAGACUUGCCUUCUCUGCAGUGGUACAGCGAGCAUGUGCGAGAGAGCCAGUAUUUGCUUCAGGUGGUAAAGUGUGAUGACCGCGCUUGCUGUGGAGAUUUGCGGAGUUCUCUUCGAUCUAUUCUUCCUGAACGCUUCGUUAUUCCUCCUUACCCAAUUUUGCAGUCGUCUAGUGGUCUAUAUAUUCCGAAGCCUCAAGAGCAUGAUGGCAAGACGUUUGCUACAUUUCUUCUGCGUCGGUCUCUUGGAAUCACCCCAACGCAUGAUGGCUUUAACAAAUUGCCGUAUGACCUGUAUUGCCCUAGUCUGCAAAAGGAUCGUCGGCAACUUUUGGAAAGGACGUGCCAGUGGUGUGGAUUGUACUUCUGUACAAAGAAGAAAGUUAAGGAACAUGUAAAUUCAUGUCACAAGCAACCUAAUCCGAGCAGCAGUAAUAGCGUAGAGAUGCACAAUGUUCGUCCUUCACGCAUCCUCACGCGACGAUCAAUCGGCAGAUCGAAAGAAAUUCUGUGCGUUGUGCGCGAAAAUGAUGACACCGAGUGGCUUGAUGAAACCGAUGUUGAUUUUCAACAAAGCACAGUACCAACAACUGACCUGCAAGAUGCUUAUCCAGUUGUUAGUGUUGAAGAAUGUCUUGCUAAUCCAUGGUCCGAGGACAAUAUACAUUAAACAUACUCAUAACAUGUUUUUCCAAUGAUUACACUCUUCAUUUCUAUUAUUGUUAUGGCAAUAAAAAAAAAACUUGCAACCUGGUGUAGACAUUUUUAUUAUGGUCCUUAAUUUCAGAAUAAAAUAAGAUUAUAGUUUGUACCUGUAUUUAAAUUAAGAUAAUAUUCAGAAAAUUUUAAGAUUUUUGUAGGUACUAAAAUA